UAAAGAAAAGAACGCGACCCUCUCGACGUGUAGGAACAUGUAGGCUAUCUGGCAAUGAGGGGAAGGUGAGAGGCAGGAAAAAGAAGCCCGGGAUCGGAGCGUACACGAGCGGCCAGAGAGGCUGUCAAGAGGAGGACAGAUGCCGGAGAGAGGGGGGAGAGGAGCCCGCUGCAGGAGCCUGAAGGACGGGCACGGAGGGAGGCAGUUCCCCGCUGCUGCUGCUGCGGAGCGUUGAUGUCCAGAGGAGACGCAUCGAGCACUUUCCUGGAACACGGAAGGAAAUCAACAUUGAAGAGAAAGUGAAAAUAAACCCCAGCGAGGACUGCAGAGGGUCAGGGAGAACAGGGAACUGCAGCCUCCACAACGCAGCCCUCCAAGACUUCUGUGGACAUUUCAAAUCUCUCUGUUCUUGGCCACCCAUGAGAGGCGGUGGAAGAUUCAAUCACAUGCUAUUUGAAGAGUGAUCACAACCAAACCUUCUGAGACCUCACUCUCAAGUAUUCAAGCUUGAAACCUUAACAGGCGCUUAGAUCAACACAAGCUUUCCUGAUUUAUUCUCUUGUCCAACUCAGGGGUUGUAUUUUGACAGAGGAAGAUUUCUUUUUUACUGAAGGCCUUAAUAGAGAGACCCAGCCACGGCCUUCUGCAGGGUCUCAGAAACCUUGGGGUGAAAGUGACGGAGGUGAUGGGCAACAAGAACAGCAACUUGCCAACAGAUUCAGACACUGCGCUGGAUCAAGAAGAGAAAGAGAUGUUCAUUGAGAGUACCGAAGGAAGUGUCUCCGGGGAUGGAGCGCUGGGCCUCAGCCCCGAGCUGCUGGCCUCCCUGCAGUCCCUCGGAGAAAACAGCAACUACACCCUGCUUCCACACUCUCUGCACCAGAUUGCAGAGGCCUACUCACUCCAAGAGGACUACCAGUGGGCCAUUCAGUUCCUACAGCUUGAGAAGCUCUACCAUGAACGUCUGCUCUCCAACCUUGCUGCCCUGCAGGAAAACUGGGAGAGCCGAUGGAGAGAGAGGAACCCAGAGAGCAGUUUACCUGCUGAGACGGACGCCAUCAGUGUGAAACACAUCGAGACCCUGAGCCAGAUCUGCAGGACACAUCCCAGACCAUCCAGCAGUGUGGAGCAGGACAGUCUAAAUACAUUGCUGAGAGAAAUACAGAUCAAGAACCAGACACUACAGUCCUGUCAUGAUAGAGUCAACAAUCCUGAAACAUCACAAGAGGAUGGAGAAAACGAGCAGAAUGCGAACUUGGAAUCAGUGCCAUGCUCACCGGAAAUGGACCGUGAGGAGGGAGGAGGGGAGGAGGAUGGAGAGGAAGAGAAGGAGAUAUAUGAGGAAGGACAGGAUGUAGAGGAGGAGGAGGAGGAGGAGAAUCCAUGUGCGGAGACACCGGAGGACGAGGAAGAGGUAAAGGUGGAGUGGCCAACAGGAGUCUCCCAGGCUUCGGACAAGGACCUGGCCAAACUGUCCCACACAGAAGGGAGUUCUUCUCCUGACGGUCUGGUCUCCAUUCUGAAGAGGAGGAGAGCGUCUCUGGAUGGACUCCCCCCCCCCAGCGACAUCGCUGCUAAACAGAACUCCAAACGCAAAGUUCACUUCAGUGAACCAGAGGACGGCACCGAGCAAGAUGAGGUGGGUGGAGACUCCUGCCUGAUCCUCCUGCUGCUGUGCCUGGUUACAGUGGUGAUCAGUGUAGGUGGGACCGCUCUCUACUGCACCCUGGUGGACACCUACUCGAACAUUUGCACCGACUUCACUCAGAACGUCAACUUCUACGUCAUGAACGUACGGAGGUUCUUCGAGGGGCUCGGUCACUGGCUGCCCCUCCGGACUUAACACAGGCGAUAACAGACGUUGGCGCUGUAGCAGACAGUGUGAGGCACAGGGUGUUAACACUGCACAGACAUGGGACCUACAGGCGAUAAUGUGAUGCUGCCAUCCAGAGAGUUUCAUUCCUUCUCCAGUCACUGGACUUGUGUCUGAGCAAAAGAGACUUGUACAUUUGACCAAACAGACUGAGAUGUACAGUAUGUGUCAGUCCUCAGGUGAUCUAAGCAACACCAAACUGUAAAAACUAUCCAGAUCUCUUCGGCUCAGAAGAAAAAUGUUAUGAUGAGUGCGUGUUGUGGGAUGAUGGUCGAAUGAACAACUUGUUUACUUCGGUCUGUGUGGAUUCUUCAUCGUCAAGCUGAACCUCACAAGAAGGCUCACAACUCUCAGCCAUAUUUAUAUUUUAAUAUAAGUACUUUAUCUGUGUAGUAGUGUUUCCCUCACACCUCUUUUUCUGAUAGUUUUAUUUGUAAAGAGAGAAGCUGUCUUUAGCAUCAUUAGGAUCAUUAGUUUGUGUAGUUAUUUUGAAACAUUUGAAGACCAAUGUGAUUUUCAUUUUAAUUUCAUUCUACCAUUAUUGUCUGCUGUUUUGAGUCUUCUGUGCUAAAUGUGUACAUCAGACACGUUACACACCACAACCAAGAGUACCUACAUUUUUUUAAACACCCAGAUUGUCAAUACAUAUGAGCCUUCAUGAUCCUUUCACUGAAAAGGUGUUUACCUCAAUACAAGUGGUUACUUUGAACAUUCCUCUGAUCGUUUGACAAAGACCAGUUCAAUCAUUGGACUGAGUUAGAUAAGAAAUGAUAAAGGCAUAGUAAGGUCAGUAUCUUAUCCAAAAAGCACAGCAUUAAGCGUACUAACUUAUAACACAUGAUUGGCACUAUGCGAAACAGUAAUUCAACAACCGCUCCAUAAACUCGCUCACCCUGUGUUUAUAGUUUUGGUGCUCAAUGUUUUCAUCUUCAUCAUUUAGAGUGCAUUUCUAAUUCCGCUUGACAUCUGGACGUACUGGAUCCCUUCCAGUCGUCUCUUGCUAUCGUGCAGACACUAUUAAAAGCCCAAUGCAGUGAGAAGAUUUAUUUUCAGUGUGUGCACAAAGGACACUAAAUCUCAGAGAGCACAUACAUCCUCCAAGGCUGAUCGGCUUCUUCAUCGCUAUAUUACAUCAUCAUCAUCAUCAUCUGUAUCAGAUACAUCGGGAUCAUUAUUUAGAUCUGCACAAAAUAGAUAUUAGCACUCUAUAUAUGCUUGAUUUUUUCAUACAACUGUCCCAAAAACUCCCAUCUCUCAAUCUUAAAGAAUAUUUAAAAUAACUCCUGGAUCCACAUGGAUGGAAUACAAUCUAAAAUGUUAUGGGGUCUUCUUUGGUACCUAUCCCACCCCUCCACCAAGUUUCAAUAAAAUCUGUUUUUGCGUAAUCGUGCUCAUAGACAGACAAACAGCAAUUAAAUCAUGACAUCAUUGGCGCAGGUAACAAAAGCUCAGUGUAGGUCUUGAGUAUUAACAUUUAUUCAAAACUUUCUCUAAAUGUCCCUAUGGGUAAAAAGCACAAGGCUUUCAUUUACACAAGUUAUUCCAUUUGAAUCACUUUGUCCAACAGUUGUAUUUCCUGGUUUGCUCAAGUUACACAAAUGAAAAACAUUCACUAUUUGAAUGGAUGCAAAAUGAAAAUUUCAGCAUGUUCUCUAAAAUAUUUGCCUUGUAUUGUUUUUUUGAAACGAUUUCUACUCUCCUUCAGAACUCUGUUUGCAAAGUAGUGAAUAUUACCUCUGUAUUGUCACUGUGGAUAUUGUUUACCAGCAAGUGUUGCAUUAUGCAAUACAUCUUUAUAUGUUUUAAUAUCUAUGUUCAGUUGUGUCCACAAGGGAAUAUUAAAAAAUAUAUUAAUAUUUUCCAUUGUGUUUUUGGUUUUAAGGCUUGUUUUAACUUGGGCAUGGAGAGGAAUCUCUCACUUUUGUAUUAAAUGUGUUUAAUUUUAUAACCAGAAAGGCUCCAAGUAGAGUGCACACCUCCACCAAGGCCAAACAACAUUCCCCUUAAAUUCAAUAAAGCUGCAUCAAUUUA